UUCGUACCAACACAUCACCUCCCGGCCUGUCGCGAGGAGGAGGACUGCGUAGGAGGAGUCGGGCGCAUGCUAGCGAAGCUAGCUUAAAGCUUAGAACAGCAACACGAGAAGCUUAGAACAGAGGAGGAAGAAGCAAAGCAAAAGGAAAAGGCAUCAGGAAUUCAGGAGAUGGAUCGUGAGAUCCACCGGGUGACGAGCCUGCGUCGGGACAGCUCGCUAUGGCGGCGGGGCGACGACGUGUUCUCGCGGACGUCGUCGCGGUUCCAGCAGGACGAGGAGGACGACGAGGAGGCGCUGCGGUGGGCGGCGCUGGAGCGGCUGCCAACGUACGACCGUGUCCGGCGCGGGAUGCUGUCCGUGGAGGAAGGCGGGGACAAGGUCGAGGUGGACGUGGGCCGGCUGGGCGCCCACGAGAGCCGCGCCCUCAUCGAGCGCCUCGUCCGCGCCGCCGACGACGACCACGAGCAGUUCCUCCUCAAGCUCAAGGAGCGCAUGGACAGGGUCGGCAUCGACUACCCCACCAUCGAGGUCCGGUUCGACAAGCUCAACGUGGAGGCCGAGGUCCGCGUCGGCAACCGCGGGCUCCCCACGCUCAUCAACUCCGUCUCCAACACCGUCGAGGCUAUCGGAAACGCGCUCCACAUCUUCCCCAGCCGGAAGCAGCCCAUGACCGUCCUCCACGACGUCAGCGGGAUCGUCAAGCCCCGGAGGAUGACGCUUCUGCUGGGACCUCCUGGCUCUGGCAAGACGACGCUGCUGCUGGCGAUGGCCGGGAAGCUCGACAAGGAGCUCAAGGUCUCCGGGAAGGUCACCUACAACGGCCACGGGAUGGACGAGUUCGUCCCGCAGAGGACCGCCGCGUACAUCAGCCAGCAUGACCUCCACAUUGGGGAGAUGACCGUGAGGGAGACGCUGGCAUUCUCAGCGCGGUGCCAAGGUGUCGGCACUAGAUACGAGAUGCUUACUGAGUUGGCGAGAAGAGAAAAGGCCGCAAACAUCAAGCCUGAUCAUGAUAUUGAUGUCUACAUGAAGGCCUCAGCUAUGGGAGGACAAGAAUCAAGUAUUGUGACAGAAUACAUACUGAAGAUAUUAGGAUUGGAUAUUUGUGCUGACACAUUGGUAGGAAAUGAGAUGCUAAGGGGUAUAUCUGGUGGUCAACGGAAGCGUGUCACAACAGGUGAAAUGCUUGUUGGUCCAGCAAAAGCACUGUUCAUGGAUGAGAUAUCCACUGGACUGGAUAGCUCUACCACGUACCAGAUUGUGAAUUCUCUUAGGCAGACAAUCCACAUCCUUGGUGGAACUGCUGUCAUCUCCUUGCUCCAGCCAGCUCCUGAAACAUACAACUUGUUUGACGACAUUAUACUCCUCUCGGACGGUCAGGUUGUGUACCAGGGCCCCCGAGAAAAUGUGCUAGAGUUCUUUGAGUUCACGGGCUUCAAAUGCCCUAGCAGAAAGGGUGUUGCUGAUUUUUUACAGGAGGUGACAUCAAAGAAAGACCAGGAGCAGUACUGGUUCAGGAGUGACAGGCCAUACCGUUUUGUGCCUGUGAAGCAAUUUGCGGAUGCAUUCCGUUCCUUCCAUGUGGGCGAGUCGAUAGUGAAUGAGCUGAAAGAGCCAUUUGAUAGGACCAGGAGCCACCCUGCUGCUCUGGCUACUUCAAAGUAUGGUGUCAGCAGGAUGGAGUUGCUCAAAGCCACUAUUGAUAGAGAGCUUCUACUCAUGAAGAGGAAUGCGUUUAUGUACAUAUUUAAAGCUGUGAAUCUAACGCUAAUGGCGUUCAUCGUGAUGACUACAUUUUUCCGUACCAACAUGCGCCGUGAUGUUACUUAUGGAACGAUCUAUUUGGGGGCAUUGUACUUUGCUCUCGACACAAUAAUGUUUAAUGGUUUUGCGGAACUUGCCAUGACUGUCAUGAAACUUCCUGUCUUCUUCAAGCAGAGGGAUCUUCUUUUCUUUCCUGCAUGGGCUUACACCAUACCGUCGUGGAUUCUUCAGAUUCCUAUCACAUUUAUUGAAGUCGGAGUUUAUGUUUUCACCACAUAUUAUGUCAUUGGAUUUGAUCCCAGUGUAGCCAGGUUCUUCAAGCAGUAUCUGCUGCUCCUUGCGAUCAAUCAGAUGUCAUCUUCGCUGUUCCGCUUCAUUGCUGGAAUUGGAAGAGACAUGGUUGUGUCUCACACCUUUGGACCCUUAUCAUUGUUGGCUUUCGCAGCAUUGGGUGGCUUUAUCCUUGCAAGACCUGAUGUAAAGAAGUGGUGGAUUUGGGGUUACUGGAUAUCUCCGCUAUCAUAUGCACAGAAUGCUAUUUCAACCAACGAAUUUCUGGGGAACAGUUGGAACAUAAUUCCUGCUGGAGCAAAUGAGACCAUAGGAGUUACCGUGCUUAAAGCUCGUGGUAUCUUUACGACAGCUAAGUGGUACUGGAUUGGGCUUGGUGCCAUGGUGGGAUACACUCUCCUCUUCAACCUGCUCUACACCGUAGCCCUUUCAGUUUUGAGUCCAUUGACAGACUCUCACCCAUCAAUGUCUGAAGAGGAAUUAAAAGAAAAGCAUGCAAAUUUAACAGGUCAAGCUCUAGCGGGUCAGAAGGAAAAGAAAUCUAGGAAACAGGAAUUGGAAUUGUCUCGCAUUACUGAGCGAAACUCAGUGGAUUCUAGUGGUAGCAGGAAGGGUUUGGUACUUCCAUUUGCACCACUCUCACUUACCUUUAAUGACACAAAAUACUCAGUGGACAUGCCAGAGGCAAUGAAAGCACAAGGAGUAACAGAAGAUCGCCUGCUGCUUUUGAAGGGUGUUAGUGGUUCUUUCAGGCCAGGGGUACUUACUGCAUUAAUGGGUGUGAGCGGUGCUGGCAAGACAACGUUGAUGGAUGUUUUAGCGGGUAGGAAAACCGGAGGUUAUAUAGAGGGGGAUAUCACCAUCUCAGGCUAUCCAAAGAAGCAAGAGACCUUUGCUCGUAUAUCAGGAUACUGUGAGCAAAAUGACAUUCAUUCACCGCAUGUGACAGUAUACGAAUCACUUGUAUUUUCUGCAUGGCUGCGGCUUCCUUCAGAGGUUGAUUCAGAAAGAAGAAAGAUGUUCAUUGAGGAGGUCAUGGAUCUCGUAGAGCUCACAUCAUUGAGGGGUGCACUUGUUGGGCUUCCUGGGGUGAAUGGUCUAUCAACUGAGCAACGCAAGAGGUUAACUAUUGCGGUGGAGCUUGUUGCUAACCCGUCGAUCAUUUUUAUGGAUGAACCAACAUCCGGUCUUGAUGCUCGAGCAGCUGCAAUUGUGAUGAGGACUGUUAGGAAUACUGUGAACACUGGCAGGACCGUUGUUUGCACCAUUCACCAACCAAGUAUUGACAUAUUUGAGGCAUUUGAUGAGCUUUUCCUGAUGAAGAGGGGAGGAGAAGAAAUAUAUGUUGGUCCAGUGGGCCAAAAUUCCGCAAAUUUGAUCAGGUACUUUGAGGGAAUCGAUGGCAUUAGUAAGAUAAAGGAUGGCUAUAACCCAGCAACAUGGAUGCUGGAAGUGAGCUCCAGUGCCCAGGAGGAAAUGCUCGGUAUUGAUUUCGCUGAAGUCUACAGACGAUCAGAUCUAUAUCAAAGGAACAAGGAACUAAUAAAGGAGCUAAGCACACCACCUCCCGGCUCUAGAGAUCUCAACUUUCCUACGCAGUACUCUAGGUCAUUCGUUACACAGUGCCUAGCUUGCUUGUGGAAGCAAAACUGGUCAUAUUGGAGAAACCCAUCCUACACAGCAGUGAGAUUACUCUUCACCAUCGUCAUUGCGCUAAUGUUUGGAACGAUGUUCUGGGACCUCGGAAAGAAAACCCGAAGAUCACAGGAUCUAUUUAAUGCCAUGGGAUCAAUGUAUGCUGCGGUUCUUUACAUUGGAGUGCAAAACUCUGGAUCUGUUCAACCAGUUGUGGUGGUGGAGCGAACAGUCUUUUACCGAGAAAGAGCAGCUGGCAUGUAUUCAGCUUUCCCAUAUGCAUUUGGACAGGUUGCCAUUGAAUUUCCAUACGUCAUGGUUCAGACUCUGAUAUAUGGAGUGCUAGUCUAUUCAAUGAUUGGAUUUGAGUGGACUGUUGCCAAGUUCUUGUGGUACCUGUUCUUCAUGUACUUCACGCUGCUAUAUUUCACAUUCUACGGGAUGAUGGCUGUAGGCUUGACACCAAACGAGAGCAUAGCAGCUAUCAUCUCAUCCGCAUUCUACAACGUAUGGAACCUCUUCUCAGGAUAUCUUAUCCCCCGACCUAAACUCCCUGUUUGGUGGAGGUGGUACUCAUGGAUUUGCCCAGUGGCGUGGACGCUAUAUGGACUGGUUUCCUCCCAGUUUGGUGAUCUCCAGCAUCCACUCGACGGUGGCACUUUCCCAAACCAAACCGUGGCUCAGUUUAUCACGGAGUACUUCGGCUUCCAUCACGACUUCUUGUGGGUGGUCGCAGUGGUGCAUGUUUGUUUUACCGUGCUGUUUGCAUUCCUGUUCAGUUUCGCCAUCAUGAAGUUCAACUUCCAGAGGAGAUAGAGGACUUGAGGAUGUCCUUCUUCCCCAUCUGUUGUACUGCCAGAGGAUGCGCUAGCUGCUGCUGUACAAAGAGCCGUUGGUAAUGGAUUAAACUAAGUAGUUGUUCCUGUAAAUGAUAUAGAGGUUAUUUUGUAUUUCAAGCCUGUAGAAUUCGUACAUCUACACUCGUAGGAUUUAUAGGAAAGGCUAACAAGCCUUGUUGAGCCUCCAGCUUCUUCACCAGCUCUAGGUGAUCGAGCAGCUGGUGCUUGUCCGAUAUGUAAUUGUAAACCAUGCCCAGUAAUGUUGUCAUUUCUGACGAGUUAAUGGAGGCAGAAAUUUUGUUGA